CCUCUUCAGUGACUGAACAUCCAAAACCCUCAGCGAUGAUGUCUCGAUACGCUGCAUUUGUUUUCUUCUUGUCUUUCGGAGUUGUGUCCCAUCUGUCUCAUGGCAUUGAGGUUGAAGUCAAGAAUAAGGACAAGUUGUGUCUUUAUGCCAGUCUGACCCUCAACUUCUCUGUCACCUAUGAAGUUGCUGACAACAAGAACAAAACGGUUUCAUUUGAGCUUCCUGCAAAUGCGUCAUCAGACGGCAGCAAAUGCGACGACACGAACUCGAUCCUGAAGCUCAGCUUCCCGGACGGACACUCCUGGAGCGUGGACUUCUCCCUGAAAGACGAAAGCUACCAGGCAGACACCAUGACCUUUGUUUACAACCUCAACGACUCAAAAGUCUUCCCGGAUUCUUCAUCCAACGAAACUAUUACCGUGAAGACAAAGCCUGACAUCACAGACGUCGGCAUGAACACGUCCUACUCGUGCAAAAGUAAAGACACGCUCGUCGCUUCGCUCAGGGCCAACAUGACGCUGUCGGACGUGCUCAUACAGGCCUUCAUCGUCAGCGGCAACAGGAGCAAGAACCUAACAACCUGCCGUGCGGACGAACCCGUCACUCCCACUCCCACUCAUGUGACCAACGCCACCACUGUGGCGCCGGCCACCAACGCCACCACUGUGGCGCCGGCCACCAACGCCACCACCGUGGCGCCCCCCACCACCCCCACUCCCACUCUGCCCACUCCCACCGUGGGGAAUUACUCCAUCAGGCACGACGCCAACAGCACAGCCUGCCUGCUGGCCAACUUCGGCCUGAGGAUCGGCUUCACUCAGAACAAGAAGUAUCAGGAGGUGAACUUUGACCCUCCGACUGAGGUUUCUGGAAGCUGUGGAGCCGACAACAGCGAGCUCAUCCUGGUGUCCAACAACAUCGCCGUUUCCCUCUCAUUCUACAAUGACACAAACAAAUUCCGCCUCCAUGCAGUGAACGUCACCAUCAACUCCAGCUCCGGCGUUUUUGCUCAGAGCGGCGCCAACCUGAGUCUGUGGGAGGCGGCGGUGGGAAGCUCCUACAUGUGCAACAAGGAGCAGAACUUCACCAUCACCAGCCUGCUCUCCUUCUACACCUUCAGCCUGCAUGUGCAGCCGUUCGCCGUGAAGAACGGCAUCUACAGCACAGCCCAUGAAUGUUCAUUGGAUGACUCCAGCAUCUUAAUCCCAAUCAUUGUUGGUGCUGCUCUGGCUGGCUUGAUUCUCAUUGUAGUGAUCGCUUACGUGAUUGGUCGAAGAAAGACCCAUGUUGGAUACCAGACCCUUUAAAUCCAGCGUGCGUUCGCUCCUCACAUGUCACGGGAUUCCCAAGCCUGGUCCUUGGGUUUGAUCUGGCAAAUCUAUUUAAGAUUGAAAAAUAAUCAUUUUAGUAUCGGCUGGUGAUAAAAUUAAGUAGAAGAAAAAUACAACUUGAUUAAAUUGAAUCAACCCAAAAAUGAAUUUGAUGUUUUCCUCAAGGACCAAACUUGUUUCUCCCCUGGUUCGGUUUGUUUUUGUCUUUCCCGUUUUGCUUCUUGUUUAAGUUCAGGUAAACGGCAAAGCUCGUUUUCUGUGUGCAAAAACGCCUGAAGAUUUAUAGCCUCUGGUCAGUUCGUCUAGUUUUUCACACAAGAUCUUCAGCUUUUAAGAUCCUGCACUUUGCUCAGCACACAUUCCCUCCCUCGUUUUGUUUUGUUCUUGUUUAUGGUUUUUCUUUUCACCCCAAUAAUUAUCAAAACAAAAUAUUCGAGCUGCUUUCUGUUUAUUUCCAGAAUUUCACCAACAGAGAUGAGUGAGGUGGGUUUCGGACCCGUGUUGUUCCCUGUAGAUCAGGAGAAAUCUUUGGAUUUAUUUCAGACUUUGAGGCUCUGUUCAUGUUAUGAGUGCAUAAGGAAAUAUUGGUCAUUAUAGAUGAAAAAAAGAAGUAAUAAUUGACCAGAGGAGUGAAUUGUUUGUCAAAAAUCUCAUUUGUGGAAUAAUUUCACAUUUACAAGAAAACUUGGAUAUUCUCUGAUUUCCAACAUAAAUUUGCAAAAUAAAAUUUUGCUGUCAAAUUUGUUUAAAAAACAUUUUUCUGAAGAAAACUUAUUUAUUUCAAUUAUAAAGUCAGACAUUUGCAACAAAGGGAUCAAAUUCUUAUGAGUACAUGAUGUUUCUGAAUGUUGGAUCCAAACUCCAAAAAACGGCAAAAGUAUUUUAGUCGACAUUCUAGUGCAAAUAUCUCUGCUCACUUUAAAUAAGACAAAACUAACUUGGUAUCUUUUAGCUGCUUUGUCUCGCUAAAAAAGUUACUGAUAAAUUAUUUUUGUCUUAUUUCAACUGAAGAUAUUUGCAGUAGAAACUAAAAAUACUUUGUCAUAUUCUGUGUUUUUGCAGUGCAGACUUUUAAACUUUUUGGAAAAUAUUCAGAUGCAAUUUCUCCUAAACCUUCGACUUUGGUCACUUUUUGUCAGGUUUUUUUUUUUUUCGAACAAAUUUGACUUAUUUUGUAACUUUAUGCCUUGAAUCAUAAAAACAGAGAAUAUCCCCUUUAUUUUCUUAAUAUGUGAAAUUAAUCUCAAUUUAUUUUUGGCUUAAAUCUACUCCUCCAUAGCCAGUUUUUUUUCAUUCUUUUAUCUGAAAUGUCUAAUACUCCGCCUAUGACUAACUUAUUACUAACAGAUAUUCAGCAGAUAAUUUACGCAUCUGAUUCAGAUUUAAAGUGUUACAGAAAGGAAGCCAUUGUUAAUUUAACCUGAGAGUCUUUUUAUUUUUAUUUUUGCACACACUCCAAUAAGAGCAAACUAGAACGAAUCACCUUAUCCUUUUUUAAUUUGAUCAACAAACACAUGGUGGCAUUAGAGUCAGAAAAGGGAAAUCAAAUGUUUGUCACUUUCGCUGCGAAUCGUUCUGGAAUCAGAAUGUUUGCACAGAAAUGCACUAAGGGGGUUUUUAUGUUGCUUGUAGUCUAAUUUUCUCACCUGUGUUGCGAUCAGCUGGAUGAGAGGACGCUUACGGUCCUGAAAACUUUUCAUUGUCUUUGAAUAUUUGUGACAGAAUAAAAAAUCUAGAUGAAGCUUUAGAGAAAAUAACAAGAAAUCAUAUCACUUGUGUUUUUGUUUUUUGAUGAGAGUUGAAAGGCCAGGAGCUGUUUCACUGCUGCAGAGAUAAAAACUGGAAAUAAUAGUGAGCUGGAGUUUAUUUUUCAAAAAAAUGGUUUCAGUUUAUAUUAGCGAUGCACCGGUUACACUGUUAACUCAAAAUAUUAACAAGUAUUUUUGUGUAGUUUCCAGUGCAAAUAUCUUAAACACCUGAACUAUGGAAAAACCAGCUUAGCAACAUUUUUGAGCUUGGUUUGAGUGAAUACUUUCUUAAUAUUUGUAAAAGUCCUAAUUCCACUGGCAGAUUAUUUCACUUGUAACAUGGAAAAAUGUUAUAAAUGAAAUUAUCUACCAGUGGAAGUAGGAUUUGUAAAUCAAUAUUAUGGAUUUAGAACAAGAUCUUAUUUUUUCUGAAGUUACUUGUAAGGUAGUUUUCUUAUUUUAAAUACAGUGGAAACUAGACCAAAAUACUUGGUAAUACUUUGUUUUUGCAGUUUAGAACCGUUCUUUGAUGUCUGAUCAACUAAUUCCUAUUUUUACCAACUCUAUAUUAUGCAUAUUAAUAAAAUAUAAUGUAUCCUAUUUCCUAUCCUCAGAUGCACCGAUUGUUAAUUUUCCUGGACGAUGUAAACCAAUUUUCUUUAAUAUUCGACCUGCUAAUUUAGGAAUUUUUUUCAUAUUAUAACAGAGGAAAAAUGUGCAGCAGGUUAUUUAAAGUAUUUAUUUUAAAUUAAACAUACAAUUAUGGAAUAAGAUUACAUCUGAUUUCAAUUAUUUUUUUUUUUUAACUCCAACUAGGUUAAU